CUCUGGUUUUUAGUUAACAGAUCAAUAAUUACAGAAACUUGCUCCUUAUUUUUAUUAUUUUAAAAUACUGUUCUGUGCAUGCUAGUGGCUACAUGUAUAACAUUCUGUGAAUGCAAGUGGAUUAUUCGUGUGCACUUGAAGAAGUUCAACAGCAUUUCCAAUCUUGUGGGACUGUAAAUAAGGUUACUAUUCGUUCAGACAAGUAUGGCCAGCCAAAGGGUUAUGCAUACGUGAGGUUCUUUGAAGCUGAGGCUGUUCAAGAGGCUCUUCUUUUGAUUGAAUCUGAACUUUAUGGCAGGCAGUUGAAGGUUACUGCUAAGCGGACCAAUAUACCUGGGAUGAAACCAUAUCGUCCACGUUGGUCCAACCCUUUAAUGCAACCCAGGGACCCAUUUAUGGCUCCAUAUUUCUUUAAUCCCUAUGGAUAUGGGAAGGUUCCAAGGUUGAUAAUGGCAAUGCAAUACAAUCCCUAUUAUUAAACACCAUGGACCAUAGUAGUAGUUUCAAAUACUUUUGAUAAUGUGGCUAGUUUAUGAGGGUACUUUUUUUUUACUUGUCAAUUUGGUCGAUGUGCCAAAACCAUGCAAGAAUUCUUGUUUGGUUUUAUUGGUGUGAAUCAUGCAAGAUCUUGCACUGUCAUGUUGAGCUGCCUAGUGCCUUGUUUGCAAUUUUCCGAGUACCUUGUGUCAUUUAAAGAAUAUU